AUGGGUAAAAUGAUGGAAUACGUGUGGCUGCUGCUGCUCCUAGCCAUGGCGGUUACUGCAGCUGGACUAGUGCUCUUCUCUCUGCUCUUCUGGGCUCCGAUGGAUACUAAGGGAACCAAGGGGACUGUGUGGUUGGUGGUGAUGGGUGUGCUGGGAGGGAGAGGCGUGGUGCUGGGUGGUUACUGCUUCGUGCUCUGGCUGCUCCUGCAGGGGAAAGAGUGCAAGCAAGCAGCGUGCUACGCUUCCGCAGACCUCUCAACAGCCUCCCUCCUAGCAGCCCUCUACCUCUUCUCUCCCUCCGCCUCCCUCACCACCCCCAUCGCCUCCUACCUCCUCGCGCGCUCCCUCUGCGAGCUCCUCACCCUCCUAAGCACCUGGAACUGCAAAGGCCGUGAAUGGUGGACCUCUCUACUAGCCGUCUGGCCGCCUUCACUCCUCGGAAUCAGCCUGUUUUUUUCCCAGCCGACGGGGGAAACCUGGUAUAUUGUAGCGGUUACCGGGACAUGCUGUAUGGUGGAUGGGGUGCCGCUGUGGGUGGCGUGUGUGGUGCUGAGAGUGCGGCUUGUGGGCGGGCGGGGGAGCCUGCCGCAGCAUGCGAGGGGGUGUGUGAGGAAGGCUGCUGCUGUGGGGACGUUCGUGCAUGGAUUGAUGAGGCUGCUGCCACUAGUCCUGUAUUUCGUGGCGAAAUACGCUUUGUAA